AUGAAAUUGUACUGUUUGUCUGGUCAUCCAACACUACCUUGCAAUGUCCUCAAAUUUAAGUCCACCACCAUUAUGCUGGACUGUGGACUGGACACCACCUCAGUCCUCAACUUCUUGCCCCUUCCUCUUGUGCACAGCCCAAGACUCUCUAAGCUACCCGGUUGGGUCUCAAAAGAUGGAACAAUAAACUUGGAGAAGGAGCUAAAGGAGUGUGCAGGAAGAGUUUUUGUGGACUCACAGCCAGAGUUCUGUCUCCCUGAGAGAGAGCUGCUGGAUCUAUCAACCAUAGAUGUCAUCCUGAUCUCUAAUUACCAUUGUAUGAUGGCCCUGCCUUACAUCACAGAACACACAGGCUUCACUGGGACAGUAUAUGCGACUGAGCCCACCCUACAGAUAGGCAGACUGCUGAUGGAGGAGCUGGUGAACUUCAUGGAGCGAGUUCCUAAAGCUCAGUCUGCCACCUGCUGGAAGAACAAGGAAAUACAAAGGAUGCUUCCUGGACCAUUGAAAGAUGCUGUGGAAGUGUGGACGUGGAAGCGAUGCUACAGUAUGCAGGAGGUCAACUCCGCUCUGAGCAAAGUACAGCUUGUGGGUUAUUCACAGAAAGUGGAGUUAUUUGGAGCUGUGCAGAUUUCCCCUUUAAGUUCUGGAUACUCAUUGGGAAGCUCCAACUGGAUCAUCCAAUCUCAUCAUGAGAAGGUUUCUUACGUGUCGGGAUCAUCCCUACUCACCACACAUCCACAGCCCAUGGAUCAAAGUUCUCUGAAGAACAGUGACGUUCUGAUACUGACAGGCCUCACCCAAAUGCCCACCGCCAACCCAGACGGCAUGCUGGGGGAAUUCUGCAGCAACCUUGCCAUGACGAUACGUGCAGGAGGCAAUGUGCUGGUGCCGUGCUACUCAUCAGGAGUGAUCUAUGACCUGCUGGAGUGUCUCUACCAGUUUAUUGAGAGCGCCAACCUGGGCACCACACCAUUCUACUUCAUCUCACCCGUUGCCAACAGCUCACUGGAGUUCUCUCAGAUCUUUGCUGAGUGGCUUUGUCACAACAAGCAGACAAAGGUGUAUCUUCCAGAGCCUCCAUUCCCUCAUGCAGAGCUGAUCCAGACCAACAAACUGAAGCACUACCCCAGCAUUCACGGAGACUUCAGCAGUGAGUUCCGUCAGCCGUGCGUGGUGUUCACUGGCCACCCUUCGCUGCGUUUUGGGGAUGUAGUUCACUUCAUGGAGCUGUGGGGGAAGUCCAGCCUCAACACCAUCAUCUUUACUGAGCCAGACUUCUCCUACCUGGAUGCCCUUGCUCCCUACCAGCCUCUGGCAAUGAAGUGUGUUUACUGUCCCAUCGACACACGACUCAACUUCCACCAAGUCUCAAAGUUGCUCAAGGAGGUCCAGCCGCUCCAUGUCGUAUGUCCAGAGCAGUACACCCAGCCCCCACUGAGCCAGUCUCACCGAUCGGACCUGAUGCUAGAGCUGCAGCCCCCUCCCAUGCCAUACAGACGCUGCUCUGUGCUCAACCUGCCCUUCAGACGCCGCUACGAGCGCGUCUACAUCCUGCCCGAGCUGGCGAAUUCCCUGGUGCCUUCUGAGAUCAAACCUGGCACCUCAGUGGCAACCGUGUCGGCGGUGCUACACUCCAAAGACAACAAGCACACGCUACAGUCAGUGCCGAAGCCCCCUCCAGCCCCCCCAACGAAGAAGAGGAAGCGUGUCAUUGAGGAGCCGCCGGUGGUGUUGGCCCCCAAACCAUUACUGAGUGGAGCUGUGCCCCUCGAAGCUUUCCUGGCCACGCUACAGAAGCACGGCAUCUCAGAGGUCAAAGUGGAGGAGACGGCAGAUGGACACAUCCUGCACCUCCAGGCCGAGGACACGCUGAUUCAGCUGGAGGAGGACGGCACACACAUCGUCUGCGACAAUAACGAGCCUCUGCGCACCACGCUACGUGACCUGGUUCUACGCUUCCUGCAGAAACUCUAAGUGUGAAACGACAUCUCUGCUUCGUCGAACCAGAAACAGAACUGACGGGGGAAAAAUAACAACUGUAAACGGACGGUUUCCUUCUCAGCUAACACUGAACAUUUACAGUUGUUUUUACUGUAAACCCUGGUUUAUAUUUUGUAAAAAGUAUUUUGUAUUAAAAGGUUUUUGAGCUCCU